AUCUGAAGGUCAAAGGUUGCCUGUAUGUGGUGACGUUUCACAUAGAGCGGAAGUUGUGAGCUUGUUUUUUUGGAUCUCACCGGUCCCUUCGUUACGCUGGGGGUUUAUUCGGUGUCUGAUUCCCUGGGACUCCUCCAAUAGCAGGAAAGCAGAGCCAGCAGCGGGGAAGCUCCCUGGAGACCGUGGGAAGGCCAUAGGAUCCCCCAGCUGGGGGCUGAUUUCACAAGGGGUACUAUAACCACUGCACACCACACUGUAACAGGGCCAGGCUCUAAUGGGGGAGGCUCUCAGGAACUCAAACCUUUCAUUGAUUUAUUUCUAAACCCAAAAUAACCACACACAAAAAAAAAAAAAAAAUGUUGGACCAUGUUUACAAUUUUGCCUUAAAAUUUAGAAAAUUGACUUAGAAUUUUUUGUAUUACUGUAUUUGUAAAACGCAAACAAAUUCCGUAGUGCUGUACAAUAGGUGGACGAACAGACAUGUAGGAUUUUUUUGUAUUACUGUAUUUGUAAAACGCCAACAAAUUCCGUAGCGCUGUACAAUAGGUGGACGAACAGACAUGUAGGAUUUUUUUGUAUUACUGUAUUUGUAAAACGCCAACAAAUUCCGUAGUGCUGUACAAUAGGUGGACUAACAGACAGGUAGAAUUUCUUUGUAUUACUGUAUUUGGAAAACGCCAACAAAUUCCGUAGCGCUGUACAAUAGGUGGACUAACAGACAGGUAGAAUUUCUUUGUAUUACUGUAUUUGGAAAACGCCAACAAAUUCCGUAGCGCUGUACAAUAGGUGGACUAACAGACAGGUAGAAUUUCUUUGUAUUACUGUAUUUGGAAAACGCCAACAAAUUCCGUAGCGCUGUACAAUAGGUGGACUAACAGACAGGUAGAAUUUCUUUGUAUUACUGUAUUUGGAAAACGCCAACAAAUUCCGUAGCGCUGUACAAUAGGUGGACUAACAGACAUGUAGAAUUUCUUUGUAUUACUGUAUUUGGAAAACGCCAACAAAUUCCGUAGCGCUGUACAAUAGGUGGACUAACAGACAUGUAUUCACAAUGAGAUGAGUUGGAUACACGGAAACGGGUGUUGAGGGUCCUGAUCAAACAAGCUUUAUAUGCUAGAGGGCGUGGGGGUAAAGGGGCACAAGAGGUAAGGGUAGGAUAGAAACAUAGAAUGUGACGGCAGAUAACUAUUCGGCCCAUCUAGUCUGCCCAAAUUUUCUAAAUACUUUUAUUAGUCCCUGGCCUUAUCUUAUAGUUAGGAUAGCCUUAUGCCUAUCCCACGCAUGCUUAAACUCCUUUACUGUGUUAACCUCUACCACUUCAGCUGAAAGGCUAUUCCAUGCAUCCACAACCGUUGGUAAAGUAUUUUGUGUACGGAAAAAAGUAGAUUGGAAUGGUUUACAGUUGUGGGGUUUGUCGUUUAGAUGAUACGUUUAGCAGAGGUGCGGGUAAGGAAAGCUUUUAACAGUUUAAUUGAAUUCUCCAUGAUUCACACUUUAGUGAAUAAACCUUAUUAUUCUCAAAUGUCUUAUUGGUUAACGCCUCAAAACCUCCUGCUAUAUUGUCCCUUUUACUUACCAUAUGUCUACACUUUUCAAUAUUUACUCUGCUGUUGUAAUGGAAAAAUAGAUGAAGCUAUUGGGUUUUAUUCCAGCUAAUUAAGGUUAUUUCUUACAAAAUAGUAAGUGCGUAUACUAAGUGGAUUUAUAGAACAUUUUUGAGACCUGUGGAAUAUGUUGGUAGUUUAUGCUUCAGGGAAAAUUGUAUAUUUAUUUACUCACAUUUUUAACAAAUAUACAUUUGGUGAAAAAUAGACUUAAAGGGGCAUUCUGAUUGUUAAAAAUAAAUUUUUGCAAUACUAGAGCCUGCCUUAUUUAACUUUUAGAUCUGGGGUGUAUCUUUUACAUAAGUGGAAAAAGAAAUUGUUUUUAAAAGCAGUUAAACUUGACUAUGAACCAGCUGUGAUGCUGUUGCUCAUCCCUCUAUAAGAUCAUGAAUUAUGAUUUCUAUCCAAUUUUCUGCCUAGAAAAUUUACAAUGCAUUCGUAGGGGACCUUCAACACGUGCGCACCAAUCACCCUUUUCCAACAAUCCAUUGGUUCCCCUAGAGAAGAAUUUAAUCCAAUAUUUUGCAUAGAGAAGCUGUAGAGAGUGUGUGAUGAUGCCACAGGUCUUAAGGAGGAAGUGCCUCUAGUGACUGCCGCCAGAGGGUUGUUCUUGGACAGAUGUAAACAUUGCCUUUUGUCAGCAACAGUAUUUUUUUUAUUGCCUAAAAAAGGGACAGAAUUCACGUACAAAAAAUAAUAUAUUAACAUGGAGUAAUUUUGUUACUAGACGCACCCCUUUAAAAUGUAGAAAUCCACACUCUCUUAUCCUGCAACUUGGCUCCUUGUCAAUCCUUAUCAUGAUCUCUGACCUGUUUACCUGGUCGUCAGCGUAAAGAAAGUAUACGGAAAAGAGGAGAAAUUAAAAACUGUUUCUAGUUCUUCUCUACAUUUGCAUUGAUUGCCCUGCCUAAAUUGAACUGGAUUGUAAUUUGCCUUAUAUUCUUAGUUAUGUUCCCUUAUCUCCAAUUACAUUAAUCCAUUCCUAUAAUCUGGUGCCCCUGCUAUUUUCCCUCAUUGCCUCCCAGUCUCAUAACCAACUCACUACAACCCCUGAAUCCCCUCAACAAUAUCCAGCCCUAUAAAUCCCAGCACCAAUUGCAUUACCUCAUAUUUCUCAUCAUUAACCCAUUACAUUACCUCAUAUUUCUCAUCAUUAACCCAUUACAUUACCUCAUUACUGUAGCCCCAGUCAAUGCCUCAACAUCAUACUUGUAAUCUCCUCAUCAAGAAUGAAAUGGUAAAUUUAUGACAUCAUCUCCCUGUUUGCUCCCUCAUCAAGUACAGCAUGGCACUGUGAUGGAGCAGUGUCAGACUGUGUACCAGAAAAUGCACCCAGCCUGUCUGUCAUUGCUUCCUUGCUAUACAACUACAAAGGGACUGUGACAGCUCAUGUGGGUUCACAGAAAGGGACUUUUGGAAGAUCCUAGUGAGCAGUCUCUCAGUACACUUAUUUGUGCCUCAACACUAGUAUUAGUUGACUUGGAGGUAGGUCUGAAUAUUUUUUUUUUCUCUUUACCUUCGGUUGAUUGAGAUGAGGCAGUCUCUAGAAGCAACAUGGGGCAUAAAAGUAUAUAGUGUACAGAGGAAAGACCAAUGUAUUUUAGUUUUUUUAUUUGUAUAUGUGAAAUUCAUUGUCAAGACUUUUUUGAUUCUAUCUAUCUAUCGAUCAUGAUACUUUGGAGAGAGUUCAGAGAAGGGCUACUAAACUGGUUCAUGGAUUGGAGGAUAAAACUUACCAGGAAAAGUUAAAGGAACUUUACAUGUAUAGCUUGGAGGGAUAGGAUAGAAACGUUUAAAUACAUAAAGCACAAUAAAGGAGGAGACUAUAUUUAAAAGAAGAAAAACUACCACACCAAGACCGUCUUAAAUUAGGGCACAGGUUUAAAAAUUGCAGGAGGUAUUACUUUACUGAGAGUGUUGUGGAUGCAUGGAAUAACCUUCCAGUGGUAGAGGUUAACACAUUGUAGGAGUUUAAAGGACCACUAUAGUGCCAGGAAAACAUACUCGUUUUCCUGGCACUAUAGAGCCCUGAGGGUGCCCCCACCCUCAGGGUCCCCGUCCCGCCGGGCUCUGGAGAGAGGAAGGGGUUAAAAUCUUACCUUUCUCCAGCGCCGGGCGGGGAGCUUUCCUCCUCCUCCUCUCCUCCUUCCUAGCGAUGUCAUCGGCUGAAUGCGCAUGCGCGGCAGGAGUCGCACGCACAUUCAGCCAGUUCAUAGGAAAGCAUUUCACAGUGAGAAGCACGCAAGCGCCUCUAGCGGCUGUCAAUGAGAUAGCCACUAGAGGCUGGAUUAACCCUCAGUGUAAACAUAGGAGUUUCUCUGAAACUAUGUUUAUAAAAAAAUAAAAUAAAUUAAACUGAAGUGGUCUGGGUGCCUGUAGUGGUCCUUUUAGCCAAAUGGUUCUUAUCUGCCGUCACAUCCUAUGUUUCUAUCAUCUUUUGUAUAUGUCAUGCUUGUUGUUGCGAUAACUGAUUACAGAUUCUCUAUAUGUACCCCAUUAAUCAUGUUCUCUUGUUAUUCACUAACUAGCACAGACUUUGCUUUGAGUCUUCGGAGUAAAAUGGAAAUACAUAUAGCAGACACUUCAACUACAUGUUUUUUUGUUGUUGUUACAGGUUGAGUGAAACUAUAGGCGUUCAAGAUGGUUUUGGCAGAUUUAGGAAGAAAAAUCACAUCAGCACUGCGCUCAUUGAGCAAUGCUACAAUCAUUAAUGAAGAGGUAAGGUGAUAUGUUAGAGUAUUCCUUGAAGUGUUCAGAUUCACGCCUCCCUAUCAUACAUGGAUAUAUAGUAAGCAGCAACAAACCGUUUAUUUCAGGCCAUCAUUGUUUACUCCUUUAAUCCAAAUGUAAUUUCACCUGCUGUUCACACUGUCCAAUAUUGAUUUUGACAUUUUUUAUUUCUUUUACACAUAUUUCUUGCUUAGUAAAUCACUGUAGCUUUAAUCAUCGUAUCCUCGUGUGUCUUUUAUUUAUGUUUUUACACAUGGCACCAUAGGUUAGCCAUAAUUCUUUGACAUGUAAAGAAAAGGCAUAAUAUAUCAAGGCCUUUUCAAAUGUGUGUAUGUUUUAGGUUCUCGGUGCUAUGCUGAAAGAAGUCUGUGCGGCUCUACUAGAAGCUGAUGUGAACAUUAAACUUGUAAAGCAGCUAAGAGAAAAUGUCAAGUAAGUUAAAUAUUAAAAUAACAUUUAUUUAGUAAGUUGGUUACUUACACUGGAUUAUUGUUUAUAUUGGAUUUUGAAGGGUAACUUUUACCAAAAUCACUGAUCAUAAUAGCAGAGUUUCACUCUGUUACAGCAGAAGCACCUCUAGUGGUGUCAGUAUGUGCAUGGUAAUCCUUCAAAGUAAAUCUUGAAUGUUUUACAUUGAGUUAAAACUACAUGGCCACUGCACCCCAACCACUUCAUUGAGAUGAAAUGGUCUGGGUGCAUUCAGCUUGUCUUUAAUAUAAAAUAAAAAAGUAGAUAGAAAGAUCAGAUGUAGCUAAUAUUAUUGCAAAUGGUAAGCGAUCAAAGUUAAUUCCCUAUGAAAAUGUGUUGAGAUGGAGAUAUAUAUAUAUAUAUAUAUAUAUAUAUAUAUAUAUGUAUAUGUGUUACAGUUAAAGUGAUAAAUCUGUCAAUGUGCACAUUGCCUAGUUAAUCUGCAGAUUAACUGAUUUGCCCCGUUAAAGUGCGGAAUCAAGAGUUUUCCGCACUUUACCAAGGUAAUGUGCACAUUAAAUGCUUCCGUAUAGUUAAAGUGCAAAAUGUUUGUUUCUUUCCCUCUGUAAAGAGGAAAUUAUUUAUUCCAAAAAUGUCUCGCAGAACCUGUUUCACCCUUUAAGUGCAGUCUCUGCAGAGUCGUUCACUUCUCGUCUGAAGGCGGAACGAUUCUGUGUGAACCUGUCUCGAUUCUUUUUGUGAGCAAGUUCCUUUCAAUGCCCUCCACCAUCAAAUUCUCAAAGCAUAGACGCAUGGUUUGUUGCUUCUCAGAGGGGGCUGGCUACUAACAAUGCUGCUGUGUAAGUCUGAGAAAUACUUCUCUCAUUGAGGAGAAUGAGACCAAGGAGAGGUCUGCUCAUGGACCACUGAUUCCGACAGUCUUCCAAUAUAAGAUGAUAUUGAGAACAGUAGCGAGCAUCUGCUGGGAUAAUUUCAGGGUGUUGCUGCAUAAUGUGUAGGAAGCUCUCGCUCUCUUGUGGUGGUUGGGGCUCCUCGUUUCUUACCAGUUCGGGGUAACUGUUUUAAGAAGUAUGUGACUGUGGUCCAGACAAGAACAGAACUGCUGCAUGUGCACACCAUGGUGUCCUCCAGAGCUGUGAGCCCCUCAAAGAUGGAGGACAGUAUGAUUUUUUUUUUUUGCACUUUAACGAGCGUCUAGUAGGUAAUGUGCAGAUUAUCUAGGUAAUGUGAGAAAUAUUUGAGAAACAAAAUCAUUUUCUGCACUUUAACAGAUCGCCCCAGGUAAUGUGCACAUUAACUGAUUUCUGCACUUUAACUGUAACAUUUAUUUAUUUAUUUAUUAUAAAGUCUUGUUUUGGAAGCUCUGUGCUCUCCCCAUCCCAGUUAUUUAUAUAUACACCAACGGGUUUCUAGAUGCUUUCGGAGUUGGAUCUGCUACAGGUGUCAGAAAAGACAGUGUUUGGAUUACUGAGACUGCAGGGACAGUCUCCACACCAUACUACAAACUGUAGUUGUUCGGGUGUUUUGAGUGUCCUUUGAAUACAAUAAAAUGUUAAAAUAAAACUUUAUACAAUGUAUCUUCAACAGUCUGUUAGACUCAUCCUGAAAUAUAAGCAUGGGGAAGUUAUAGAUGAAAAUGCUAGUAACCUAGCUUGACCGUUAUUCAGCACUGCAAGGCCAGUGUCCAUUGUACACUAACCAGAUUAAAUGAGAUAAAGUGGUUUAGGUGCUUAUAGUGUCCCUUUAAUCUACAACCCCUCAUAUACAUUAUGAGCACUCGUUAAAAAAGGUUGUUUGCCAUCAUUUAUUUUGCCUCAAUAUAUAUUCUUUUAAAUAUUUUAUUUAUUUAGUUAGUUUAGGAAAUGCCCUAUUUGUUUUCCAUUUUAUUUCUAAAGAGUUUUUUUUUUUUUUUUCUUUUGUGUAGGUCUGCUAUUGAUCUGGAAGAAAUGGCGUCUGGUUUGAAUAAGCGCAAGAUGAUCCAGCAUGCUGUCUUCAAAGAACUUGUCAAGGUAAACGACAAGUUUAAAAUAAUGUAUAUAUUCUUGAGGAAUCCUGUUGGCCUUCUUUUUAAUUUAAAGUAUGCAAGUUUCUUCACUCCUACAUAAGAUAACGGUCUUGUCAAUUGUUGACUUUUUGACUCUGAUAUGAGUUAUUCAUUUUUUUUUAUAGGUAUCUUACAAUGUGUGUGUGUAUAUAUAUGUAUAUUUCUACAGUAAGCCUUGUUAAGAAUAAAUCUCCUCUGUAUAUACUUCAAACAUGGAGUGGCCAACAGGAAUGUAUGUUCACGGCGUUCAAUAUGCUAAAUACCAGUUGGUAGGAGGGGAUCCCGCAGUAAAUCUGCACCUUUACAUUAGCUUUAUUGGCUGUCAAUCUGAAGGAACGCUAUCCAUCUGUGGUUAAACUACAAGUCCAAGAUGUUCAGCAAUCCUCCUAAAAGUAAAGGAGUAAUUCUAUGGCCGGCUGGACAUCACUGGAGUUGGUGUUCCACAGCAAUUGAGGAGCUAUAUUUUGGCUUCCAGUGAUCUGCAGGUGUUUUUAUUAAAGGUAAAGUGCAGCUGUAGUAUUAUGUUAGAUGUUGUGUACCCCUUUUAAGGCCAUGUUUGUCAAACUUUGAUAUCUGCUGUUUCUCGUGCUUGAUCAGUUAAUGUAGAGUUCUCCAUAGAUGACCAUGUUUGUCAAACUUUGAUAUCGGCUGUUUCUUGUGCCCGAUCAGUUAAUGUAGAGUUCUUCAUAGAUGACCAUGUUGUAAAAUUUCCAUAUGAGAAUAUUUGUGCCCCAUAACUGGUUUAUUAUUCUCCACAGCUAGUUGAUCCUGGGGUUAAAGCAUGGACUCCAACUAAAGGAAAACCAAAUGUCAUAAUGUUUGUGGGUUUACAAGGAAGUGGAAAAACAACCACAUGUUCAAAGGUAAGUGAAGAACAAGAUGGACCAAACGCUAGAUUAAUCUUUAUUAUGGUAUUUGUUUUUGCUUUUUAUCACUCAUCAACUGCAUAACAAAAUAAAUUCAAGGUUUCUAGUCCGUUAGUCGUGUAUAUGUAAAAGUACCAUUUUCUUUUGUCCCCUUACAGUAAAAAGACUUGCAGACAUUUCCAGUCCUGCUUACAUCAAAUCUGAGCAAACUUUUUCUCUGAACUAAUAUUUUUCAGACCUAGUUCUGAGAUUUCCAGGUUAAUUUGAGUUCAUCUAAUGGAUCUGUUGUAAAUUUUGUCUUACAGUUGGCAUAUUACUAUCAGAGGAAAGGUUGGAAGACAUGUUUGAUAUGUGCGGACACAUUCAGAGCAGGUUAGUUUUCAAUCUUUUGUUUUACUUUAUUUUAUGUAACACUGACGCCUGCUGAGAUUGGAUUUUCAGUUUGAGACAUUUAAAGGGUGAAUAGUGUACAUUUUUGUGAAAGAUGUCCUGGUUUAAACCUGCAAUGUGUGGAAUACUUUUAACUAAGUUUUGAAGUAAACACAUUUGUAAGUAUAGGGAUUAAAAUAAUAUCUGUCUUCUUUAAUCUGUCAGGAUUUGAUUUUGAUUUGUUUAUUAUUCUCAAAAAAGGAAACAUUUAUUAGCUGCUGCCAUUUGUCUCUCCUUCCAAUAAAUAUAAUUUGUCAUCAAAUUUUCAUCUUUCUUUUUUGCAAGUUUAUCACAUUUAAGGAAAGUUUAUUUUAAAUUACAAUGUAUUUUAAUUUUUAUGGAACUGAGCAGCCAUGUUGGGAGACACUAUUGUUAUCUGACCAACUGCUGCGCAGCCUAGCUUGCUUGCUGCUGCAAUUUCACGUAGAACAAUCACAGCAGCAGGUAAGGUAGGUGGAGCAGCAGUUGGUCAGAUAAGAGUCUGACUGAACAUGGCUGAUCAGCCAGAUGGAAAGUGAAAUUGUAUUAAAUCAAUAUACAUCAUGUAAAAAUCAUUAAGUUUCAUUCAAUGGAAUACACUUAAAAAAAAAAAAGAAAAGUGAUUUGAAAAUUGAGAUAGCCUUUAGCCUUCAUUAACAGGUGUCCUAAAAACCAUUAUACCAGAAUGAAACUUGCUUAAAAUGUGUAUAUAUUGUACCUGGUUUUCUUAAGAAUAUUCCCAGUGCUUAAUGAAUGGGUUACAACUUGUUUUUGUAGGAGCCUUUGAUCAGCUGAAACAGAAUGCAACCAAAGCUAGAAUCCCCUUCUACGGAAGGUAAGUCGAGACCUGUGCGAUUGGCUUCAAAUGCUCAAACAUGUGGUGACUGUGUGUCUUCUUUUAGUAACCAGAAAGACAGAGCAUCUGCUCGAUAACGAUAGCUUAUAGAACUUUCUACUCGAUAAUAUAUACAUUUACAGAGUUGUUUACUAAAGUGAAUUUCAAAUACAAGGUCCAAGUAGCCAAACUGACAAUCUUUUCUAAGUACGCUAUGUUUCGUGUGUGUGUGUGUGUGUGUGUAUGUGUAUAUAUAUAUAUAUAUAUAUAUAUAUAUAUAUAUAUAUAUAUAUAUAUAUAUGUAUGUGUAUAUAUAUAUAUAUUGUGGUCUUAAAUUUGAAAUUAAAAUAGAAUUACUUUGGAUUCUCACUUUAGUAAGUAAUCCUGUCAAAUUUGCUUAGUUUCAGCAAUAUGUUUGGUUAUAUAAUAAUAUAUAAUUUAUCACAUUGGUUAUUGUACAUUUUGGCACAUUUAUCUAUCUGCAUAACUGAUUUAAUUUGUAUAUUUUGUAUAAACCUUAUAAUUUCUCUGUUUCAUAUUAUUUAUACUCUUUUUAAAUUCUUUUUCAUGUUUAAGACCAUUGACUGGCAUGUCAGUAGUGAUUAACGCUGUGUUUAUUCACAGCUAGGUUUUGAAGGGGAAAAUAUAGGUUUAUCACUUACCAGCGCCAAUGUCUCUCAGCUCUAGCUCAGGCUCUGCCUUCGCUCCUCCUCUUCCGUCAGCUGGCGGGGCACCUAAUAUGCAUGCGCAGUGAUUGUAUAAUGCUUUCCUAUAGGGUUUUGAGUGACGCUGGAGGUCCAGCGUCCGUAAUGCGACCAUAAAUUGCCUAGCCACCUGGAAGACCCUCUACAGGCUGUUUGGUAGACACAGCCACUAGAGGUGGAGUUAUCCCUGCAAGGUCAUUAUUGCAGUUUAUCAAAAUGAAUUACAAUUACAGCAUUAAACGGCCUAGGACACUGUACCCAGACUACUUCCAUGAGUUGAAGGGAUCUGCGUGCCUAUAGUGUCCCUCCUCACAUUAUAACUACUACAGUGGGCUGUAGUGGUUAUGAUGCUUAAGGUACAUUUUUAAUGCAUUAUGGCAUCAGUCAAUAUUUGUACACUGAAACAACAUUCUCUCUCCGUCCAGUUACACAGAAAUGGAUCCUGUCAAUAUUGCAUAUGAAGGUGUGGAGAAAUUUAAAAAUGAGAAUUUUGAGAUUAUCAUUGUGGACACAAGUGGGCGACACAAACAAGAAGAUUCUCUGUUUGAAGAAAUGUUACAAGUUUCCAAUGCUGUGGUAAGUUUGUUGUGAAAGGGCAAAAAAUAGAUAAUCCGUUAAAUUUGGGGAAUCUAGAAAGCAGUAAAGGUUAGUCUCAAUGAUAAAGAAUGUUAAAUCUCAUGAUAAACUCCGUUAUACAUCCCUAACCAGAAUUUAGUAAAUACUGUUUACCAGUCAUGGCUUCAUACAAGCACCAUGGUGCGGCAUAAAAUAUUUUAUUAAAUUUUAUCUGUAUGCAGUUAGACCUCAUAUUGUAAUUUUUUUUUUAUGGCUGGCAUCCAUUUUUGGUAGAUUCCACUAAAUGUCAUUGAUUGAGGGUUUGUGGGAUCCUUGACUCCACAUCGCCCGGUGAUAGGCUGAGCGAGCUCAGCUGUCCGUUUUGGGUUAUCACUUUCUCCCAGCAAUGCAGAAACGAUAGCCAGAGCAGCAAAGAGGAUGCAGAACAAGGUUGGCUGGAGACACUCAUUCAGUGUCAACUAGUUCAAAAACAGCCAGGUACCAUAAGCACUUCAUUAUGAAUAAGGCUGUGUUGCCUGGAGUAUCAUUUUUCUUUUUUUCUUUUUUUUUCAUUUGACAAUUUUUAUUUUCUUGGUCAACCAUGGGGUACAGAAGACAGAGAGGGAGGGUUAGGGGUUACUUUCAUUACUUCAUAGCUUUGAUUAUUACAUUGCAAUUAUGAUACAUGUCUAUUUGCCAGUAUGUUCUGCAUCUGGAGAGGACAUAUUACUAACACAACUUUCGUUCAGUUGCGACCAUGUUCGCACCUACUGCCUCUACCGUCUGCCUGAGACUCUGUUAUGUGAGUCUUCUUUCUCUUGAAUGGGUUAGUAAUAAAUUAGGGGGGUAUAUGGGGUAGGGUUACAGAAUGAAAAGAGGGGGGGGGGGUAUAUAACAAGUUUCACGCUAAACCACAGAGAUUGCUUCCUACCAUGCCACCCCUGUUGUUCGGCCUUGCUCGUUCCUGUUAUAUUUCUUAUUUUGUGUUGUGAGAUAUUUUGUAGCCAUGUCUGAGUGGCUUGUGAUUGGUCUUGGUGUCUUCCUGUGGUAGCGCUUGGUGUCUAACGACACAACUAUGUACAUUGUGGGUGUCCACUUCUCUGUCCCACUCCCAUACGGGCUAUUGUCGUGAGCUUUUGAACUUGGUCCAGUUGCACCUCUCUCGCCCUGUGUUGGUCUGGUAGCCUACUUAUGCGACUUACAGUGCUUCACUACUUCCCGGUUCCCCUCCUCUGCCUUCUAAGAAUAUUUCCCACCCUUGUUUGGCUACAGUUUUGUGAUCUUGUAUCUUAUGUCCUGCAUGUAUUCUUGUCUCAUAUUCUAGAUUCGUAGUGACUUGUCUGAUCUCUGUCUCUAUACCCGGGGUUUCAGUCUGUUUCCACGCCUUUGCAAUGUGUAGGUUCGUUGCUAUUAAUAUGUGGAACAUUAAAAAUGCUUGGGUUUUGGUGAAUUGUUCUAGGGUCAUGAAAAGGAGUCCGCACUCGGGUUCAAGCUUCACUGUUUGGUGUAUAGUAUUUGAGAUUAUGUUGCCUACUCCUGCCCAAUAAGCGGCGAUGCGGGGUCAAGUCCACCAUAUGUGGUACAUCGUGCCCUUCCCCUUCCCACACCUACAACAGCUCGUAGAUGUUUUGAGGAUAUAUAGUUGCUAGCCUAGCUGGUACCAUGUACCACCUAUACUGUAUUUUGCGCAUCAGCUCUAAGUGGGAAGCGCAUCUGGAUCUGCCCUUGUGUGCUAUGAAUGCAUUCUGCCAUAGUUCUGUUUGCAAUGUCUUCCCUAUGUCUACUUGCCAUGCCUCCUGGAACCUCUCCUGUUCCCUGUCAAGUGGGUCAUUCAGUAACCUGCAUAGGCAAGAGAUCAUUUUUUUCGAUAUUGUUCUGGCUACGCAUUUUCGUUCUAUGUUCCUUGCUUUCCUGGGUGUAACUUCUCCUGUGUCAUUCUUUAGGAGUGAUUUGAGUUGUAGAUACAAGAAUAUUGAGUAAGGUGGCAGACUGUACCGGCUCUGGAGGUCCGGAAAUUGCAUUAGGGUGUCGUUAUGGUAUAGGUGUUUGAUCAGUGUGCAGCCUCCUCUUUCCCAUGGCCUGUAGUCGAAUGUAGGGUUGGUAAUGUGUAUGCUCUGUAUUGGGGCCACUAGGGACCAUGAUUUAGUGUAGCCCAGUUGGGGUUUGGCUGCGUCCCACGUUCUCAACAAUAGAGACGUGGUGUCAGGCAUUCCUAUUAUUUUAGGGCGUAAUUGUGAGGUAUCCAGAAUAGAUGGUGUAGGCCUUUCGGGCAUGUCUACAUCGAUUCUAUGUCUACCCAUCGUGGUCUGUCCUCCCCCUUAUGAGCUAGCACCGCCGUGGCCAAAAGGGUCACUUUGUAAUAUGUGCCCAUUUAGGUAGUCCUAGUCCCCCUUCUGUCACCGGUCUGCUCAGUAUUUUCGUUGUUACUCAUAUUUUACGAUUCGCCUAUAUGAAUCUGUUCAGGGUUUGUUGGAGUUUUUGUAGGAAUAUUUUGGGUAUAUGGAUCUGUAAUGUGCGUAAUAGGUAUUGGAGUUUGGGCAUCACUAUAAUUUUGACGGCUGCUAUCCUUCCCACCCAGGACAGGUAUUUGUCCUCCCAUGUUUGUAAAGUGUCAGCUAUGUCUCUCAUUAGUCUUCUGUAAUUGUGUUCAUGGAGACCGGCUAUGGUCUUAGUUAUCCGCAGGCCCAGGAAGGUGAGGUAGUCAUCCCUCCAAUCCAGGGGGAAUGUGGCUCUCAGUUGGGCUAUUGUGUGGCCUGGCACUCCUACUCCCAUUGCCUGCGUCUUUGCGACAUUCAGCUUAUAAUAUGACUGGUCACCAUACAAGCGGAUUUUGCUCAAGAGGUUUGGCAGCGACAUUUGGGGUUGUGCAAGUGUGAGCAGAAUGUCGUCCGCAAAAAGAUUAGCUUUAUAUUCUUUUCCACUCACUCGCACGCCGUGAAUGGAAGUGUUCACUCUGAUUUUAAUUGCUAGGGGCUCCAGUGCCAACACAUAGAAUAAGGGGGAGAGGGGGCAUCCCUGUCUUGUCCCAUUGGUGAGUUUAAAGGGGCUUGACAGGAUCCCAGAGUUCAACACCUGUACCGUUGGUGCGCUGUAUAAGGCCUUUAUCACUGCCACUAUCGUGUCUGGGAUUCUGAACCUCCCCAGAACCGCCUGUAGGAAUCCCCAGUGCAGACGGUCGAAGGCCUUUUCUGCAUCUAGGGAAACCAAUAUCCCCCCCCCCCCACCUUGUGUGUGUAUCCUAUGUGUGCCAAUAAGAUUUCCUUGGGGAGAGACUGGGUGGCUAUUGCUUCGUUAAAGGUUUUGACCAGGUGAGGUGCCAGGGCCUCCCUAAAUUUUUUUAUAGUAUGUGUUGUUGAGGCCAUCUGGGACCGGGGACUUCCCGUUUGGCAGUGAGUUUAUCGUGUCUAUCAUUUCCUGGGCUUUUAUCAGGUUAUUAAGUGUGUCUUGUUGCGUUUGCGUCCGUGUUGGAAGCUGAACUCCGUCCAGGUAAUCUGCUAUUCCCUUUUCGUCUGGUUGCCUAGUGGUAGUGUCGUCUUUGAGGUUGUACAGAUCUGAGUAAUAUCGGGCAAAUACGUCGCUAAUGUCUUUUGGGGUUGAAGCCUUUGUCCCCGUGUGAUCUAUUAAGUGUGGUAUUUUUUGGUUAGCCUGUUUAAGUUUUAGGCGGUGUGCUAGUAGCUUGCUGGCUUUGUUGCCCUGUACAUAGUGUGUUGCUUUUAGUUUGGUCAUGUGCAUGUUAACCUGAUCUAAAGCUUGCUGGUGUAUAAGUCUUGUUAGUUGGAUUAUGCGGUGUUUCGCUGUUGUUGUCGGUGAGAUUUGGUUUUGCAUAUUUAAAUCAUAUAGUUCACGUUGCAAUUCCUUAAGUUUUGUUUGUGUGGUCUUUUUAAGAACGCUGCUCUCCUAAUCAGUAGGCCUCUUAUCACUGCCUUAUGGGCUUGUCACUCCGUGGUUGCCGUCACUUCCCCUGUGUCAUUGCUUCUGAAGUAUGCUCUCAACUGUGCUCUGAGUUCCUCUGUAAAGCUCUUAUCAUGUAGCAGGGAGUCAUUUAUUUUCCAAGGGCUACGGUGUCUAAAAAUUGUAAAUGUCCUUAAGCUCUAGUAGCACUGGUGCGUGGUCUGACCAUGUUAUUUGGCCGAUUUCACAUGAGUGUAAUUGGUUCAGAUGGAAGCCCGAUAUUACGAGGCUGUCUAUCCUGGAGUAGGAGUUGUGCACUGAUGAGUAAUGUGUGUACGCUCUUUCGCUAGGGUGUGUAAUGCUCCAUGUGUCAUAAAAGUGAUACGUGUGUAGGAGUUUUUGUAUGGUUUUGCUUUGUCUUUUCAAGGGGCGGUGUCUGCGGCUUUGUUGGGGCAGUGUAGUGUCAAGUUUAGGGUCUAGGACGUGGUUAAAGUCCCCGCAGAGUACUGUAAUGCCUUGCUGUAUAUUCGCUAUUUUUUUGGAGGAUUUUAUGUAGGAAAUUCCUUUGGUUAGUGUUGGGCGAGUAUAUGUUUGCUAUCACAAUGACAUAUCUGCCGUUAGUGUCUAUGUCUUGGGAAUGGAGUGAGAAUUUGACAUCUCUGCUUAUUAGGAUGGAAGCUCCUUUUGAUUUCGUGCAAGAGGUGUAGUGGAAUUGGUGUGGGAAGUCGCUAAGCAGUAUCUUGGAAAAAGUCGUCUGUCCGGUAGUGGGUCUCUUGUAGUCAAAGUAUGUCAGUGCGUGAGGCAGGUCUCGGGCGAGAAGGUGCCUCUUUGCAGGGACGUUCAGUCCCCUCACGUUAUAUGUACAUAUCUUCACGGUGGUUGUCGUGUGCGAAUUUACGUGUGUGUCAUUGAAUUACAUACUGAUGCGACGGCCCCUGCUCUUCCCAGCCGCGUCAAGCCGAGCAGUGGAUUCCUCAGUACUCUUGUAGACUGUCCCUUGAGUGUGGUGGGAGGGUGUGUAUAUUGUCUAGUGUUUUCCUUUUGUAACUUGCUGUAUAUAAGUGGUAUGGGGCCACCCACAUGCCCCGUUAUGUGUUCUUCAACAUCCUUGCAAUAAACAUAACAUUUAAUACAUAACCAAAAAUAUACUCUAAUGAAAGUAUUUACAUUAACUAUUACUAUGGUUGCCAAAAGUAUGGCUAGGCACUGCUUGUAUAUGCCGUGGGGGUUGAGGUUUUGCCUCACAUCCUGGGGGAGCUCUCUCCCUCGAGUGCUUCCUAAGUAUUGUCUGAUGAUUUUAAUCCUUCUAUUUUAGUCUCUAUCUUCAUAGUCUACUGGCUUCUCUUGUGUGCUUUGGUACUCGCUAUUUAAGCCCUGAUUCAGGUUUUUUGUUUCCCAGUGUGUAUUUGUUCUCAUGGGCCUAGGAGGUUUUCCUGCCUGUCCCUUUUUCACCUGGAUCCCCCCAAUUUUCCCCUCCUGCCCCUCCCGCUGGAGCCCCAUAUCUUGGGUUGUUUUUUUAAGUGACUUUUAUGCGGGUUUUGCAUGGUGAUGCGGUACUUGGGGCGAUAGGUCUCACCGUUGGUUAAGGCCGCCUGGGGAAGGGGUCUCUCUUAUGGUUGACUUAUUAUCCCUAGGUACAUUUUUACACACGCCUUCCCGUUAUCAUAACGGUACAUUACCCAACCGGUGUUUCCAUCUUUUUAGAUCUGCUGUUUUAGGGCUUUUUGUCUUGGUAGCUUGUGCUUGUUAGCGUCUCUCUUUUAUCUUUUUUUAAUUUUUCUCUAUUUCGGGGCGAUUCUGGCCACAACGUUGUCUGCGUUCGGGUUGGGUGGUGGUACAAUGUCCCAGGAUUUCAGAAUCCGUUCCCCUUCUUCUGGCGUGGCAAUCACCGUCGUCUUUCCUCCCCUUGUUACCAGUAUUUUUGUGGGGUAUCCCCAGCGAUACGGCAGUCUGUGGUCCCGCAGUGCUGUCGUGAUGGGUCUAAAAUCUCUCCUCCGCUUGAGGGUGUAGGCUGAGAUGUUCGCAAAUAUGGUGUGGCUUUUAUAUUCUGUUUUCCUGAUCUGUUCGCCGACAGAAUUGCCUCUUUUGCAUGAAAGUAGUGGAGUCGGAGGAGAACAUCACGCAGCAUUUCAGGAGGUAGGAAUUGGGGCCGUGCCGUGCGGUGGAUCCUGUCUAAGAGGAGCGUUUCCAAGGUCAGGUCAGGAGCCAGCUGCCUGAAUAGGCCUGUGACAUGUGCUGCAAGGUCCGCAGUGCUUACUGUCUCAGGAAUGCCCCUUAUGCGCAGGUUAUUCCUGCGUGUGCGGUCCUCCAUGUCCGCUAUCUUGAUGUCUUGGGCGAUCACUCUCCAUUUUGUCCGCCAGGAUAUUGUGAACUUCCGAAAUUUCCUCCAUUUUGUCCUCUAUAUGGGACGUUCUGUUUCCCAGGUCCUGCAUAUCUUUUCUGAGAUCCCUCAGUGCAGUGUCUAAUUUGUGGAGAAUUUUCUCUGACAUCCAUUUAGUAGGCCUUUCAUCAUACUGUGUAAGUGUAGGCUCUGCCUCUGGGGGCUGUGUAGCUGCCUCGUGGUCACUCUCAGUGCCAUCUUGGGCCUGUUCUGGCGGCUGCCAGUUCUUGCCGUGGCCAGCUCUGGAUGCAAAAAAAAUUGUUUUUUCGCUCUUCUCCGCCGCUCUCUUGUCCUUAGGCUGUGACAUAUUGGUGCUGGAUGGCGUUUUCUGUCCGUUUUACAGGGGUUAAUUGCUCAUAGGAAGCUGUCUCGAGCGGAGCUCUCAACACAUGCGACCGAUGCGAUCAUUGUCUAGGACACGCCCCCUGGAGUAUCACUUUUUUAAAGAACAAAUCAAAGUUUAGUAGCUCUUUAAGACCAAAUUAAAGGGAUCCUAUAAUGCCAGGAAAACAAACACGUUUUCCUGGCACUAUAGGGUUAAUAGGUUUUUUAUAGGGCAGGGCAGCUUUAACCAACACCUCCAAUCUCAUCUCAUUGAUUGGACUCCAGUUGGCUGACAUCUCACUCCAAUUAGCUCUUGGAGAUGUCAUUAGUCUAGGGGUUCACAUACUUUUUCCACCUGCACUGUGAAUGUUUACAUGGUGUGUUCAAUAAAAACAUGGCAACAUUUCAUUCUUUGUGUGUUAUUAGUUUAAGCAGACUGUGAUUGUCUAUUGUUGUGACUUAGAUGAUGAUCAGAUCACAUUUUAUGACCAAUUUGUGCAGAAAUCCAUAUCAUUCCAAAGGGUUCACAUACUUUUUCUUGCAACUGUAUAUAAUUCAUAUGUUGUCCAAUAUCUAAAAUGAAUAGGUGACAUUUAAAUGCAUUCUGUAUGUUUUGUUCUAAAUAAUUUUUACUUCUGAAAUCAAUACGAUUACCACAGUAGAUGUGUGCAUAUAUUCUGUGUGUGUGUGUGUGUGUGUGUCAGUGUCACCAAGAAGAGCAGGCAUGUAUGCUCACACCUAGUUUGUUUGAGGUUUAAGACAACUCCAGGUCCGUAUCAUUUGGCAGUGCUAGCAGAAUGUAACAACGAAUACCUACCCAAAGCAGAGCUUCUAAACUUCAUAUUUAAGGCAUGAUCAAUUAAAAACCUAUUUUGGCAUCUGCAGGCUUUCUAAAAAAUGUAGCAAAUACAAUUUUGCCCGCAUAUAUUUAAAUGCUGUAAAUCUAUCAGUAUGCAAAUUAAUCCAAAAUGUAAUUUAUUUAUUUGCAUUUCAGCAACCUGACAACAUUGUGUAUGUUAUGGAUGCCUCCAUUGGACAGGCCUGUGAAUCCCAAGCCAAAGCCUUCAAAGACAAAGUGGAUGUGGCCUCCGUUAUCGUAACCAAGCUAGACGGUCAUGCUAAAGGAGGUGGAGCACUCAGUGCGUAAGUAUGAGAAUUCUUUCUACUUUAAAAAGAAGAUUUUUCUUUUUAGUGAUACAGCUAGUCUAUCAUGGAGUUGCCUGCUAUAUGUGUGUUAAAGAUUUCCAUUCUGUUUCCCUACUACAGUCUUUUUAUUGGUUUUUACUCCACAGUGUUGCUGCCACAAAGAGUCCAAUCAUUUUCAUUGGAACUGGAGAACACAUAGAUGAUUUUGAACCUUUCAAAACACAGCCUUUCAUUAGCAAACUCCUUGGUAAGCAAUAUGUAUGCGGUUUUUUUUUUUUCUCGCUCUCGCUCUCUCGCGCUCUCUCUCUCUCUCUCAUAUAUUUUGGGCAUAUGGGCAAAUGGCAACUGUGUGGAAAAAGUGCUAAAAGUAGAAUAUUCAAGGACAGCAGUGUUGUGACAAUAACAUGUAGCACUUUGACAAGGACGUUAAGUGAACGGUCUGUUGAAAAGGUUUUGUUUUGAACAAUUUUUAGUAGCUCUACCCAGAAGAAAAUUUGCAUGUAUUUAUUUUUUUCUGCAUGAAUAUUUUUUAUUUUUUUAAGGGUAUGUAAGGGGAAAAACAGCUUGCCAAAGAUGCCAACCUGUUUCCUGCAGCCUUUGCAAACCCUCUUCUAUCACACAUGCACAGACUGAGAGUUUGCGCUGGGAAAUACACCAAUUAGAGGCUUCUCAUUGAGAAGCUUCUGUGCUGCUUUGAAGUGCACACACAUGCGAUUUUAGCUUUCCUAUGUUUCUCAAUGAGCUGUAGUACAGCUUAGUCAGAAGGAAGAAGGGGGUAGUUUCAAUCUCAAUGAUCUCUGCCAAUCUAAUGCUUUCCCAUAGGAAAGCACUGGGAGUGUUACGCAUGCGCUGCAAUACUCUGGGCUGCGCCAAUCGGCGUCUCCACUUCACUAGAAAGCACCUCUAGUGGCUGUCUGAGUGACUUCCACUAGAGGUGUUUUUACGCAGCAAUGUAAACACUGCCAGUGUUUUACAAUACUAAGACUGUAAGGGCGUGCUACAGUCCCCAGAACCACUACAUUAAGUUGUAGUGGUGCUGGUAAUAUUUUUUUUUAUUUUUAUUUUUUUAAUUCUAGAACAGUGGAGGGCAAUUGCAACACACUAAAGAUUUUAAGAGAAAUCCCAUGAUAUUGUGCAUGCAAGUUAUUAUAUAAGUAUUAUAAGCUUCUUCGAAUUCUUUAACAAUUGGUCUGAAAACCGUUGGAGACAUUGAGUGGUGGAGAGGAUUAGACCAAACUGGUCUUUAGACUUUCCGUUUUUAAUUUGAUUCUCCUGCCACACAACUAUGUAGAAUCUGCAACUGUGUAUUUGUUUGCAGUCAGUUUUCCAUGUAAAGGGUCUUCUUCUAUUGUUUUUUUUGUGUAAGUGCUAUCUCAUAGGCAUGUUACAUAAACAUCUGCCUAACACCCACAAGGUUACUCUAGUUACCAUACCAGUGAUCCUAUUCUUUUUAUGUAUUUGUGUCCGUUUAUGAAUAGCGUCUGAUAUGGUCACAAGAAAACGUUGAGGCAACGUGGGGACUUGUGUGACCUGUUUUUUUUGUUUUGUUUUUGGGCGGUAGGCUUAUAGCUGCAAAAAUCAUAGAUUAUGUUGUUUGAAAGAUCUCUUUAAUGAAAAAGCUAAUGUUUUAAAAAAAUAAAUAAAAAAAAUUCUAGUAAUGGCAGCAUAUACAAAGCGUUUGGGCAAUUUGAGGAUUUUCAUCAUGCAGUCCCUCCCAUUACUUGGAAGUCAAGUUGCUCAUGUGCUACAUUAUAUUUUACCUGUUGGGUGAGCCAGCUGGGUCAUGUUGCAUCAUUUUAGAUAGUUUAGGUGAGAUAUUCAGCUUUCUUCAUUUGCAGUUUGAGAUGAAUAGAACUUUAACCCUUUUUUGUUUUGUUUCUCAGGUAUGGGUGACAUUGAGGGUCUGAUAGACAAGGUAAAUGAAUUAAAGCUGGACGACAAUGAAGCCCUCAUAGAGAAACUGAAACAUGGUAAGUCGAUCUCCCAAAACAUUCUUCACAAAAGGUGCUUCAAUGGGCUAAGAAAAAAAAUGGUGGUAUUGGUUAGCAUCAUGCAAUUUAAAUGAAAUAACUUGUUCAUGAGCAUAGCUUUAACCCCUUAAGGACACAUGACAUGUCAUCAUUCCCUUUUAUUCCAGAAGUUUGGUCCUUAAGGGGUUAACCAUUAGGUUCCAAAUGAUAAUAGCAUAGUACACUAUUUGGCACUGUUGCAUGCUUGGUAACUAGGAAAACCUAUCUGAAAUGGAAUAUUCAGAUCUCUUCUAUAGCAUAGCAUACAUAGAGGAACGUGCUGUCCCAGUGUUUACAUACAUUGGAAUAGUUCUGCAAUUGCAUCUGAUUUGGAAUAUGCAUUUUAAAACCCCACCAAUAAUUGUACCCAUAAUCUUAUUGACUGUUCUAUUGAUGGCCAACCUAAGUUUCCUAAAUUAUUAUUCGACUAUAUUUCUGUUCACAAUCUUGGAUGUUGAUGAUGGGAGUAAGGGUGCCACAUUUUUAGACUAUGGCAUUUCUGUUUGACAUUUCGUUGGCUUGCUUGCAGCCUGCUGUUCAUCAUGUUUACUGUAAUAUUGAUUUUUAAAAUAUUCUUUCCUUUUCCUUUAGGUCAGUUCACACUGCGAGAUAUGUAUGAACAGUUUCAAAACAUCAUGAAAAUGGGUCCAUUUAGCCAGAUCUUGGUAAGUGCUUGGAAUAUCUAAACUGGGCUUUGUUUUGUCUAGUUUUCAUUAACAAAUUAGAUUAUUACUGCAGGGAGAGCAUAACAUAUAGUCUUAAUGCUGAAAAUAAAGGAACACUCCUCUAACCAAAUACAAUCUUUGGCUGUCACAUUUAUAGAUUUUAAGGGUAUGAUAUUGCCCAAUAGCAUAGAGUCAGAAGGUGAUUUAAAAAAUGCAAAACCUAGAAUUUAUUCUUUAACUUGAUACAGUGUCACACCUGCGUCACUGAUACAGUAAGGUAAUUUGUUAGUAAAAUGAUUGCGGUGUCUGUGUUCACAGGGAAUGAUUCCUGGAUUUGGGCAGGAUUUUAUGAGCAAAGGGAACGAACAGGAAUCCAUGGCUCGACUGAAGAAACUCAUGACCAUAAUGGACAGUAUGAAUGACCAAGGUAAAUUCUUACAGAAUAUAUUUAUUUAUAGAACUUGGCCUGAGACUAACUGAUAGGGAUCCUGCUGUCAGUGGGAUAACAACCUUUUAUGAGGUUAUUGAAUGUUCUUUUGUUUGACACACAUUUUUCUUUAGAAGGAGUUAAUUAUAAAAAAAAAAAUAAAAAAAAAAAAGAAGCCAAGUAAUGUGUAUCUAUAUCACACAAGCCACUUCUCUGACUUUUGCAUUGCAUGUAAUGACGGAGUACGAAACAUAUGAAAUACAUUUGUAGGCAUCAGAAAUGUUUAUUUCAACCAUCACAAUGCUCAUCUUAUGUUAAAGGACCACUAUAGUGCCAGGAAAACAUACUAUAGGGUCUCUAGGUCACCCCCACCCUCAGGGACCCCUUCCCGCCGGGCUCUAGGGAGUGGAAGGGGUUAAAUCUUACCUGUUUUCCCCUGCCAGGCUCCCUCGGCGCGGGGAAAUUUUCCUCCUCCUUUUUGCUGUCAUCGACUGAAUGCGCAUGCGCAUUCAGCCAGUCUAUAGGAAAGCAUUCUCAAUGCUUUCCUAUGGACGCUGGCGUCUUGUCACUGUGAAAAUCACAGUGAGAAGCGCGGAAGCGCCUCUAGCGGCUGUCCAUGAGACAGCCACUAGAGACUGGAUUAACCCAUAGGUAAACAUAGCAGUUUCUGUGAAACUGCUAUGUUUACAGCAGAAAGGGUUAAUCCUAGAUGGUCCUGGCACCCAGACCACUUCAUUAAGCUGAAGUGGUCUGGGUGCCUAUAGUGGUCCUUUAAUUAAUUUGUCAUUUAGAAGAAUCCUGUAAAAACAAAAUAAAUAAAAAGUUUUAGAUAUGAACAGUGAAGAUGCUUUUUUUUGCAGAGGACAUACUGUAUCAUCAGACACCUCAAAAUUGGAUUUAUUCUCAGAAUUCUGUGAAUUAAUCAACCCCUCUAGUUUUAAUCAUAUGCUUGACAUUGCGUGAGUUGAAGAGGUUGUAUUUUUAUUUAUUUUUUAAUAAUAAAUCCAGUAGAAAGCACAGUUUAAGAUUACGACCUUUUUGUUUCUGUUCAGAACUUGACAACACGGAUGGAGCCAAACUUUUCAGCAAACAGCCUGGAAGAAUACAGCGAGUAGCCAGGGGAUCUGGGGUAUCUACACGAGACGUCCAGGAACUGCUGGCACAGUAUACAAAGUUUGCUCAGAUGGUUAAAAAGAUGGGAGGAAUCAAGGGACUCUUCAAAGGUGAAAAUAAUUGUCUCUUCAGUAUAACACAGUGCUGUAAGGCUUUCUUGGUUGUAUGGUAAUAUCUGUGGAUAAAAGGCUAAAUAACGUUUCCCAUCUGUGAUUCCUGCAGGAACCAUUAGAUUAAUUUUGGGUCUGUAGACUAUGCUCCAUUUUAUUGUCUGUAAAAUAAUUUCUGAGUUCAUAAGCAAUCUACAUAGUCUGCAGUGUUGAAAAGUUACUAAUCCCAUGUAGCUAUAAUAAGAAGCUCCACCUCACCGACUAUCAAUGUUUGUAAUGUAUUGCUGGCAGGGCUGAAAGCACAUGUUACCUGACAAAGGACAGCUGCAAACACUUACUUAAUUCUAUUAAUUUUUUUUUUUCUCAUUCACAAUGUUGCAGUUUAGGUGGCUGAUUUGUUUACAUGGACGUGAGAAUGUGUGUUGCUUGUUCAGUAACUAGUCUGUCACAAUUCAGUCAUAACAUUAUUUUGCUUUAUUCUUUGAAAUUGUAGCCCUGUCAUCAUCGCUCCCCCCACCAUAGCUGACUUGGAGAAUUUUUCCAGUUCAGCUCAUUUGGUCUGAAAUGUAAAUCUUUAAAUUCCCAACAAUUGUCAUUAUACUCUAUAAUCUUGUAAGUGUUCUAAAACGGGCCUUUAAUUGUUAAUGUGAUGUUAUUUAAAAUAUCGCCGACUUGUUCAACAAGUAUAAUUUAAACCCACUGUAAGGUUAAGAAUGUUUUUUUUUUUUUUAAAUCCUAAAUUUCCAAACAUUUGGGGAAUCCAGGUUGUGUGACACAAUAGUCCACAAAAUAUCUAAAUGUAGAACUUUUUCAUUUGUAGGAGGUGAUAUGUCGAAAAAUGUAAAUCCAUCACAAAUGGCCAAACUGAACCAGCAAAUGGCUAAAAUGAUGGACCCCAGAGUAUUGCAGCACAUGGGUAAGUGUUACAUUGUAGGAUGGAGUCCCCCACCCCCCCACCACCCCUAUUUUUUUUUUCUUCUUUUAUGUACUGUAUAGUUAAUGCAUUCAAAUAUGCAAUAAAUAAGUUCUAAAAAGGUUUUGGGGUUUCCUGUAAACUCCUGGGAAUUUCUGUUUCUGCAGCAGACUUUGCAAAUCCUGUUGCUCCAAUAAAAGUGCUAAGCAUAUCAUGUAAAUCCUCUCACUAUAGAGGUUUAUGGCCGUUUUAGUUCAGUUGUCACUUUUCUCACAAAGUUGUAGACGCUGUAGUUUUCUUCAUUUAUUUAAUAAAAUAAACUCUAAACAUGAAAGGGUGUAAGACAUGGAGUGUAAGACUGUUUGUUUUUUUUGUUUUUUUUAUAAUCUAAUUUCGAGAUGUAAAACUUCCGUCACAAAUAUGCCUGGUGACAUUCAACUCCCAGAGUCCCCUGCUUUGUGGCAUCUCCACCUCAUCAUCAUAAACCUAACAUUAUCUAUUCUCUAUUGCUGCUGCAAUGCAUUAACUUGGCUCUCCCCAAGCUAAAAGGGUAGUCAGACUGGGAGGGCUAUAACUCUCUGCCAAGGCCAAAACGAUCAUCCCGGUUUGCUGCAUCUCUCAUGCAGAGAGAACUUGGCAGCAUUUCGCUUCUGGACUGCUCUUAUGGGUGGGGUCAGUGUGAUCUAGCUUUACUCUGUAAUGGCACACGUGAGCAAAAACUAGACCUGAGUGGAGAUUUACCGAAGGGAAAGCUAUUGAAUUUCUCUAAGCUUUUGUCCUUUCGCAUAUUUUUUUACAAUAUGCACCUAACAUGUUUGUGCCUGGAGUAACCCUUUAAUGGGGAUUUAUUGUGGAUCUACUUGCACUAGAUAGACACCACCCUUUCACACAGUAGUUUGCAUACUGUUUAUUUUCCGGUCUCUGAGCAAAGCUAGGAUAUGGGACCAUGUAGGGAGAAUUAAGUUCCUGUAAUAAGGGGUCUUUCCAUGAUAGAAGAAUGUAUUCUGUGCAAAUAACCAAUGUCAAUCUAAAAUACAUUUAAUGAAGUCAUCUAAACAAAACAUUUUUGUAAUGAUUAUAUAGAACUUGAGUCCGUAUAAGUGUCACUGAUCUCUUAUUGGAAUAAGGAGGGAUUUCAGUUUAAAGGAUCACUAUAGGGUCAGGAACAUAAACAGAGGGAAAGCAUUGGAUUGGCUAAAAUCGGCAUGGAGCGUUGGGCCAAAUGCUGUUUUGGCCAAUCAGGACCUCUUCAUAGAUAUGCAUUGAAUCAGUGCAUUGAAUGGCAGGGCUGCUUACUGUGCAGCCCUGAGCCAGGAAGCCCCUCCGUGGCCAUCUAAGGAGUGGCCACUUGGAGGUGUCCCUAGGGGCAAUGUAAACAAUGCCUCUGAAAAGGCAGUGUUUACAUGAAAAUGCCUGAAGGGAGCUAUUAUACUCACCAGAACAACUACAUUAAGCUGUAGUUGUUCUGGUUACUAUAGUGUCCCUUUAAUUUAAAUGUUACAAUCUUUAUAACACUUUUUUUUUUUUUUUCUCCCUCUGCUCUACCUAGAGUUUGAAAUCCUUUAAUUUGCAUGCCUAGCCUAAGAUUAAAAUUGCAAUCCAUUCACAAACCACAGCUUUUCAUUUCAUCCAACCCACCAACUAACCUUUCUAUGUUCUAGGUGGCAUGGCCGGCCUUCAGUCAAUGAUGAGACAAUUUCAGCAAGGAGCUGCUGGUAACAUGAAAGGCAUGAUGGGAUUUAAUAACAUGUGAAGAACACUUUCUAACCUUGCGGAUACUUCAUGCCACCCCUGCCCCACAGCAGGGAGUCUGAACUGCAAAACCUCCUUUGGCAGGAAUGUAGCCUGAUUUCUGGAAGAACUGUCUUGUGAAAUAAAUGCAAAAGGAGACUAAAAUUUGGUUAUUUUAAAAUUGUACCUUAAGUUUACCCUUCACUUUUUAAUAUUCACAUCGUGCAAUUCAAUAUCAUAUAUUAUUAUUUUUUCUCCCUUCUGCUCCUUUUUCUUCUUUAAGGACAUGCUAGCACUAAUGAUCUGCUUUAACUUAUGGAACAAAUUAUAUUGUGAAUGCAAAACUGCACCCAUACCAUGACUAGAAAGGAGACAUUUUGGUUUAAAUGGACUUCCAGCAGUAUUGGCUAUUUACUACUAAUCGGUCUCCUAUAAAAUAAAUUUAUAAAUGGUUGUAAUUUUCUUUUUCUUUUGACACAGUGCUCUUAAGUCAGGAAAAAAAAUAUUUUAAUUUUCAGUACUGUGGAAUACUAUUGCAAUGAUUUAAUAUGAAUCACAUGGAAUGACUGGAAAGUGCAUUCACUCCUCUAAAGGCUAUAAAAGGACUAUCCAUUCUGUCGUAACCGAGGUUGCUCAGGCCAGGUAUUCUGUGAAAAAUUACCUCCUUGAUGGAUUCCUUUCAAAUCAAUCUCUGUAGAGGCUUAUGUAGUUGAAAAAUUUUGAGUAUGUUUGCUUUAUCAAGAGAAAGAAACAACAACUUGAUUUUAUUUAUUUAUGCUAUGCUUGUGAUCUCUCUCUCGUAGGCACUCCUCUAGAUUUUUGCUACAAAAGUUACAUAUAAACUUCUACAAAAUGUCCAUGUUUUACAAAAGUAGGAUCAAUGCAGAAUGUAUAAACCGUUUAACCCCAAAGUUGUGAAGACCGUGUCUAUACACUCUGCCCUUAGAUCUAUACUGAGAGAGCCUUGGACAUCGCUCUUGUGCAGGAUGCAGAUGUUCAUAGUCUUCACAACUUUGGAGUUAAACCAUUCGUAAACUAUUUAACCACUUAAGGUAAGACUGCCUUGUACCAUAACUUCAUUAAAAAUUAAGUUGUGGUGCCCAGAGUGUUAUUUAAAUGCUAAUCCUACAUGUAUCAUGAGAAGCCUAGAAUCCAGUGUUUAUUCUUCAUUAUGUAAAAAUGCUAUAUCAUUUAUACCUGCAAAAGGAUCUGUCACUUCUUUAGAUUUUUAAUAUUAUGUAUAAAUAGCUCUAUAUUUAACAAAUAUGUAUUUGUGAGGUAUGAAAAAUAAAAUGUAAUCCAGAAAUCUACACAAACUGGGUGACUUCAUGUUGGCUCCCUGUCAAUCAAUGUUAUAAGCUCUCUUUUUCACCUAGCUGUAUAUAUACAGAAGGCCUUGCCUUAUCUGAACUCGAUUGUAAUGUUGUUUGUCAAAUAUUUAAUAUGAAUUUAAAAGAAAUCACAGCAUCUCGUGGAAAAAAAGUAAACGCAGGUUAUAGAUGAUUUUCACUGAUCAAUGGUGUAAAUUCUACAGAAGUGACAGUACCCCUUUUCAGUCUCUCCUUCUAUAUAUGUUAUUAAUCUGUGGAUUAAAUCCACUAGGAUCCUGGCUACAGAUCAAAGUGCCAUUACCCAAUGUCUGGUCAGUAAUAUGGAAAAAUUAAUAAAACCGUGUUAUGGUGAUACAUAACCAUAAAGUAGAAAUAUGAAUAAUGUAA